AUGGUCGAUCCAAGCUUGUGUGGAGCAGAAAACAGUUUAACUCCAGCAUCAUCCUCACUGAGGGUCAUCCUGGUGGGCAAGUCCGGCAGCGGGAAGAGUGCCACAGGGAACAGCAUCCUUGGUCAGCCAGUGUUUGAGUCCAAGCUGGGGGCCCAGGCUGUGACCAGGACAUGCCAGAGGGCGACCGGCACAUGGAACGGGAGGAACAUCCUGGUGGUGGACACGCCCCCCAUCUUUGAGGCAAAGGCCCAGAACCAAGAUAUGUACAAGGACAUUGGGGACUGCUACCUGUACACGGCCCCGGGGCCCCAUGCGCUGCUGCUGGUGACGCAGCUGGGGCGCUUCACUGCCCAGGACACGACGGCAGUGAGGAGGGUGAAGGAGGUCUUUGGGGCAGGCGCCAUGAGACACGUGAUCGUGCUCUUCACUCACAAGGAGGACUUAGAGGGCAACUCUUUGGAUGAGUACGUGGCCAACACCGACAACUGCAGCCUGCGGAGUGUGGUCCAGGAGUGCGGGAGGAGGUACUGUGCCUUCAACAACCGGGCCCCCAGGGACGAGCAGAGGGAGCAGCUGGCGGAGCUGAUGGCUGUGGUCGAGAGUCUGGAGAGGGAGCACGACGGCGCCUUCCAUACAAACGGCCUCUUCUUUGAGGCACAGUUGCUCCUGAGAGGUGUGUGUGUGGGGGGACACCCGGGGGAAGGCCACAGGCGGUACCUGGCCCAGGUGCAUUCACAGGUGGAAAAGCAAAAGCGAGACCUGAAGGGGACCCGGAGCAACUGGGCAUUCAAGGGGCUCCGCAGGGUCCAAAAGUGGAUCCCUGUGCAUGUGAAAUGUCAUCUGGAUUACCAGGUGACACUGUUUGUGGUGAAAGAGCCGUCUUGCUGGUGCACUGCGCCCGACUGGGAGGCCUGGGACUGGCCCAUCUGCACACCUGGAGGGAGCCGCCUCCUGCAGCCCUGA